AUGUAUGCCAACUUGACGACUGGAGAAUGUGUUUGGGAUCCUCCACCUGGAGUUCCUGUUAAAAAAACCGACGACAAUCAAUGGUGGGAAUUAUUUGACCAAAACACAUCGAGAUUUUAUUAUUAUAAUGCCAUAUCGCAAAAAACUGUUUGGCACAGGCCGAGUAAUUGCGAUAUUAUACCCCUUGCUAAAUUACAAACGUUAAAGCAAAAUACGGAACCCGAAGGAGAAGAUGGAAAUGAAGAAUGUAAAAGUAAAGAAUCCGUUGGAACUCAAACUCCUGGAAAAUGUGUUAGACCACCCAGGCCGGUUAUAAAUUCUCAUCCUAAAGAUUUUCUUUUUUUUUUUUUUGUUUUCUUCUGCUUCUGCAGACUUCGGUUUCUUGCGAAACUCAAACGUCUCCCGGUAGUUCUCCAAGGGGAUCAAGGAGAUCUCAUCAUCAUUCUCAUUUACACAUUCAUUCUCACGGGCAUUCACAUCACCAUCAUGGGAGUAAUAGUAGCCAACAGAAGACUCCGCAAAAGGCAAAUCAAUCUCAGAUCGAGCGAUUCCAGUUCCAGAACUUCAUUGGAUAAUCAUAGAAUAUUAGAAUCUCCUCGACAAAAUCGUUAUCAAGGAACUAGUCUACCGACAAGUACAAGUGCAUCCGCCAUCGAUAAGAAACCAUUACAAGAAAUUAAUUCUCAACCGACUCGGGUUGAAAAUAGUUCUGUGUUUAAAUCGGUUAACAAAUCCUGUGGCGGGAAUACAACGACUUCGCAGAGUAUCAUUAGCGGUUUUAAACCUGGGACAAAUAUAUCCAUAGCGAAACAAAAGAGUUUCGAUGUGGAAACUUCACUGGGAAUCGGUGGAUGUUAUAGUAAUUACGGUCAUGAAAAUUUAAGAGGGAGAUCUAAAACGGAAAAACAUUUACAAGCUCCUAAAGAAACAAUAAUAACCGGAAAUGGAAGUGAUCUAGCACGAAGUUAUAGUUUUAUUCAAAGGAGAGAUGUUUCUUUGGAUGAAGAGGAUUCAAUGCAUGAAAAAUAUUUCUUGCCACCGAGUCAAUCGGGAAUGCGUAGUAUAGAAUCUACUCCUCAGGCCAGAAGGAAGCAAUUACAUUUAGGUAAAUUAUUAGGGAUUUUAUUUGGCGUUGCUUCAAAAUCUGCAAAAGACUUAGAUUUAGCUUCGAUCACGCCUUCUCGAACUCGAAAAAUUCACAAAUCGAACGAGAGUAAUCGAAAUCGCGAAUGUAAACGAUAUAGUAAGGAAAAUGAAUAUCAGUCAGGAAGUAGUGAAAACGAUUCUUCGAACACAUCUCUUAGUCCCACAACAUCUCCUUCUAGUCCCGUAUCGAGUUCAAGAAAAAACAAUCGGUUAAAUCAAGGAAACGUUUUUUCAAACGUUGAAACUCCAUCAUUCGGUAGGCAUUCAAAUCAUUCUCGUUCGAAUGGUGGUAAAAUGCAAUCAUACGAGGAUAAAAAAGAAAGUCAAAGGAAAAUACCUCUCAAAGAAACCUAUAGAGAACGCGAUGAAAACGUCGAAGACAUAUUUAAGAAACAGUUGACUUGGGAUUCUGGAGAAUCGAAAGAAAGGCCUAAAAAAAAUUACAACGAAACUCGAAAUGCACUGAGAGAAGAUUUGUACAAAAAUAAAAUUGGAGAUUAUAGGCAAAACGAUUCGAAAGAUUUACUCAGAGAAAAUGGAAAUCACGGUAAUGUGUCAAGUCACGUGAAAUAUUAUUCAAUGGAAAGAGGAAUGGAAAAGGGAAAUUCGACUCUUUUGUACAGCAAUUUAGAUUAUCAACCUUACAAUAUGGAAAUCAAAAAUCAAUCUCAUUUAUUUCCCUUGCAACAAUAUAUUUUGGAACAAGCAAAACUUUCAGGUUGUUAUAAAUUUGGAGAUCCUUUAAACGAUGAAAUGGAUUCUUUACACUCCGAGGACGAGGCUUCCGUUGGUCGACCUGAUUACGACAGUGAUGAAUUUGCCGAUGAUGAGGGAAUGUCCAAUCAAGGAGAUUCAAGCAGUCAAGAAUAUUUGCACGAUCCAAAUUAUUCUGAACAGGAGGAAUUUUUGAAAAGAUAUGAAAAUUAUUCUCGCGAAUGUAAAAAUGAUGUGGAAUACAUAGAGAGUUUGGAAUCUCGAAUGGCAGUCAAUACAAUUCCACAAGUGGUUUACUACAGUGGCGUGGCAUCUCCUUAUCCUCCUCGACUUCCUCCUCACGGUGUACCUCACAGCACAUCUGAAACCCAACACGCUUCUUUAAAACGUAAAAAGGAAACUUCGACGGGAUCUCUUUCCUCACAUUUUUCUUCAAUCGUUGAAAAAACUGAGAAUGCAAAUCGACCUGUUUCGCUUCCAUCUCAAAGUAUUCCAGAGGAUACGACAGAUCACAGAUGUGAGUCUCCUCGGGCGGCAUCGUUAUCCAGGGAUAAAAAACUUCCUUCCGAAAGCGAUAUUGAGGAAUAUGCUCAAGGUCACCUUAACAUUCACAAAAAAGGGAUUUUUAGGAAAAAGUUUUCCGUAAGGGAUAUGCUAUCUUGGUCAAAGGAUCCUAUAAGAAAACCCAUGUUGGUACUGUCGGAAAAAGCCUUAAAAAAGGACGCGUGUGAACUUUUUAAACUAGUCCAAAUAUACAUGUCAGAUAGGAAAGCUAAAUUUGGCAUGACGUUAAACAGCGUCGCUCUUGAUAUUUGUAACGUAGGCUACAGCAAACCUGUUUUAAGAGAUGAAUUGUACAUACAAAUAUGCAGGCAAACGACGGAAAAUCCUGGAAAGGAAAGUUUGCGACGAGGAUGGGAACUUAUGGCCAUUUGUUUAAAUUUUUUUCCUCCCAGCGCGAAAUUUCAAACUUAUUUGGAAGGGUAUUUAAAUAGGCAUAGAGAUCCCGGUUUUGACUUUCCCGAGGUUGUUAAAUGGCCUUUACACGUUCAAAUUAGUCAUUAUGCGACGAUAGGUUGUAAAAGAUUGGAAAGAAUCGGUGCGAAUGGAAAAAAACCACCGAGAAAGCCUACGAUUGAAGAAAUCGAUCAAUCAAGGCAUCAAAUAUUUAGAACUAGCAUGUUUGGAAGCACAUUAGAAGAAGUCAUGUACCUGCAAAAGGAAAGAUUUCCAAACAGGAGACUCCCUUGGGUUCAAACGGUUUUAUCCGAAGAAAUUCUUAGAUUGCAAGGUGCUCAAACUGAAGGAAUCUUUAGAGUUUCUGCCGAUGUCGAUGAAGUGAAUUCGUUGAAAACAAAAAUUGAUUUUUGGGAAGUUCCUACCGAAACGAUAGAUGCUCAUGCUCCAGCUUCUCUUCUUAAAUUAUGGUAUCGGGAAUUAUACGAGCCAUUGAUACCUGAUACUCUGUAUAACGAAUGCGUGACCCAUCAUGACGAUCCUGAAUUCGCAUUGGCAAUCGUUCAAAGAUUACCAAAUUUAAACAGAUUAGUUUUAUGUUAUUUAGUUAGAUUUUUGCAAAUUUUUUCCCGCGACGAAGUAGUUCAAAUAACAAAAAUGGACGCUUCAAAUUUGGCCAUGGUCAUGGCUCCGAAUUGUUUAAGAUGCACAUCUCAAGAUCCGAGCGUGAUUUUCGACAAUGCAAGAAAAGAAAUGUCUUUUAUGAAAACUCUAAUACAAUCUUUGGAUACUUCGUUCAUGGAAGGAAUAUUUUGA